AAAGAAACUAUAGAGCAGAAAGAAAAAAAACCAAGAUAAUAAAUAAAUAUAUAUAUAAAAUUUUAUGAGAUAAUACAUUUUUCUUUUAAAUUAAACUGAUAAGUUCUAGCAAAUGUUAGAAUUUCUAGAAAAAAACGUUGGUUACAAUUAAUAAUAUCAUUAAAGCAAAUAAUAUACAUAGUCUAGUAAAAUGAUGAAGAAUACAAUUUGUUUUCUAUUACUAGUAUGCUCGAUACUCAAUUCAAUAAGUGCAGAACUUUUUACUGCGCUGACAGACAUGGAAGAGCUUUUGGAAACUGAAUCAGUGCUCAUAUCAAAUUUACAAAAUUAUAUAAAUGCACAAGAAAUAAAGCUAGAUUUUCUUCGCAUCAAAGUAAUCGAAUAUCAAAGAGAACAUAAGCAAGCGGCCACAGAUGCUAUGGCAUACCUAUCUAACCCUGUAAAUGCAUACUUAUUGACUAAACGCCUGACAGUUGAUUGGAAAGAAAUAGAAAAUACUAUGACUUUUGACUUGGGUAAUUUAUUUAUGCAAAAUAUAACUCAUUAUCGGGAUACACUAAAGUUUCCAAGUGAGGAGGAUUUAAAUGGAGCUGCCGUAGCUUUGAUGCGUUUGCAAGACACUUAUCGUUUAGACACCCAUAAAUUAGCUCAAGGAGAAUUAAAUGGUGUUAAAUAUAGUACUGAGAUGACAGCAAGUGACUGUUUUGAGCUAGGCCGACAAAGUUAUAUGAAUCAUGACUAUUAUCAUACAGUUUUAUGGAUGGAAGAGUCAUUAAAAAAGCUCGAGUUUGAGAAUAAUCGUACUAUAAGCAGGUCUGAAAUUCUAGAAUACCUUGCUUUUUCAACUUUUAAACAAGGUGACACUAAUUCUGCACUGCAUAUAACAAAUGAGCUUCUAGAAAUAAUACCUGAUCAUGAAAGAGCUAAAGGCAAUAAAUUAUUUUAUGAAAAAGAACUGCGCAUGCAAGAAGAAAAACAAAAAAUGCGUGGAGACGACGGAUCUGACCAGGUUCCAGUAGCUAAAGAAGAGAUGAUGCUUCCCUAUAAUAAAGAUGUUUCGAUAAAAUACAAUUCAAAUGAGCGAAAACUGUAUGAAAUGGGAUGUCGCGGUGAACUCCUUCAAAGUCCUAGUGUGACAGCAAAAUUGAAAUGUCGUUAUGUUUACGAAUUAUCACACUUCUUGCGGAUUGCUCCGCUAAAACUAGAAGAAGCCAGUUUGCAACCCUACAUUGUCGUCUAUCAUGAUGUUUUAUAUGAUAGUGAAAUAGAUGUCAUUAAAUCAAUGGCUAAACCUAAAUUUCGGCGUGCUACUGUUCAAAAUCAUAUAACCGGUGAAUUGGAAGUGGCACAUUACAGGAUAAGCAAAUCAGCUUGGUUGAAAGAUGAAGACCAUGAAGUAAUAAAAACGGUUGGAAGACGUUUGAACGAUAUGACAGGUUUGAAUAUGGAAACCGCUGAAGAGCUACAAGUGGUAAAUUAUGGAAUUGGAGGACAUUAUGAGCCACAUUUUGAUUUCGCAAGAAAGGAUGAAAUAAAUUCAUUUAAAAGUCUUGGAACGGGCAAUCGCAUUGCUACAGUUUUGUUUUAUAUGUCUGAUGUAGCGCAAGGCGGUGCAACAGUAUUUCCGCACAUUAGUUUAUCAUUGUGGCCUAAAAAAGGUUCAGCAGCAUUUUGGUUUAACUUGUUUGCAGAUGGACAAGGAGAUUAUUACACAAGACAUGCAGCAUGUCCUGUUUUAGCAGGCACUAAAUGGGUAUCAAAUAGAUGGAUCCACGAACGAGGUCAAGAAUUUCUGAGACCUUGUCACAAGUAUCCUGAUUCCCCUAUGGAUGAACGCCUGAUAGUUUGAACAAAUUUGAAAACAAAAAUGUAAUAAUUAUUACUUAAAGUUUUAGUAAAUAAACAAAAAAAAUAAAUAAAUAAGGAGAACAAAAUUAAUUUGUACUUUGUAAAUAAUACAAAUAAAUAAAUGUCCACUCCAGAUUUUUUAAACCUCGUUU